AUGAGCACUUUGCGACCCACGAACAAGUCCAUGUCCACCGAUGGGAGCGUAAAGCCACUACACUUCGAUUCCGCCGACCCCGGCCCAAAGCGACGCAAUGCCGGGCGCACCAACUCGCAUCAGAACAGAAAUGAUGCUGCAGUCCUUCAGCAACCCAAACGCGGUGGACAGAGCAUGAACCAUCUGCUAUCGUUCACCCUGCCACCGCGAAGUAGACCUCCUCUGGCCGGACCAGCACGAAGAUCGCGUCGAGGUGCCAGCUACACGCCUUUCAACAAGGAGCGAUACGUGAAUGCGCAGUAUCGCUUCCUUGUAAAGCCGACAGGCGACUACACCGCCUACUUUGCCGAUCCCGACAUCUAUCUCAACUGGGCUGACAUUCUGCAAGUCGUCAUCCCAACCUCGUCCGCGCUUGCUGGGGUUGGCACCUCAGCACCUAUCUCCGACCAACCGCGCGAGCCAGCACACGAAGGCGCCGCAUGUCCCAUCUGCCUUUCCCCCCCUACAGCCCCUCGUAUGACCAAAUGCGGCCACGUCUUUUGCUACCCUUGCAUUCUGCAUUAUCUCACGCUCAAGGAGGACGACAAGAGCAAACCAGGGCCACCAACCUUGCAGCCGUCCACGCAGAAAUGGCGACGCUGCCCCAUCUGCUGGGAUGCCGUGUACGCGCGCGAUCUCAAGGCGGUUCGCUGGUGGGAUGCGCAGGCCGCUGCUCGUCAGCACGAAGCCAAGCUGCAAGAGCAGUACGACCUCGAACGCGUGCAACGCAUCAGCGAGCUCGACGAGGAUAGCCACGAUGUCACAGAAAGCGCUCUUCGCGAUGAGAAUGCGCCGAGUCUCACGCAUUCGCAUCCCGACAUGCUCGCAUUGCGGCUGGUCGAGCGUCCCAAUGUGACCACGCUAGCACUGCCGCAGUCGUCGACGUGGCCAGCAUCCGAGCUCGACCACCCGCUCAUAGCCGUGCACUCGGCUCCGUGGCAUUUUCAGCCGGACGUGAUGGGGUUCGCCAAGUUCAUGCUAGCCACACCGGAACUGCUCACCGAGUCACUCGAAAAAGAUCUGCAAGAGCUGCUAGAGGAGAUCGACGUGCUGAAGAGCUUCGGAACGGAUGCGAGUGGGCUUCACUUCGUGGCAUUGGCCCAGCAAAAGGUCAAUGACCAAAUGCAAAAGGUGCGAGACGAGUUGGAUCUGCCUAUCGUCCGCAGCACCAUCGGGCAGGCGCACAAUGAUCUAAAGGACCACAAAGCCGCGUUAUCGGGUCAGCUGCAGCGCACGGAUCUGAGUCGACGUCAGCGCAAGCGCAUGGAACGGUCGCAGACGGACGAAGAGGAAGUGACGGCUGCCGUUGUCAGGAUGGACGUCAGCUCGGCUCGUGACGGCACUCCAGAGGCUGCUUCAGGAGCCGAAGAGUUCCUGGCGUUCCGAGCGCAGUCGCAAGGUGGCAUCAUGGGUAUCGCUUCCACCGAUGGCGGCGCAACACGACACAAAGACGAUGCAGCACCCCAAAGCGUCGCAACGGAUGCCACUCACAAAGCAGCUCAAAGCCGUCCGCCCAAAGCGCGCAAGAAUGUCAACCCGCCGCAGCCCGAGUCGUCGUCUUACGUCUUCUUCCAGGCUGCUUCCGGGCAGAGCAUCUUCCUGCACCCUCUCGACACGAAGAUCCUCCUCUCGCACUAUGGCGCGUACGCCAAGCUUCCACGCAACCUAGCGGUCAAAGUGGCCGGCGCCGACGAGGGAAGCAUGAACGAGGAACUGCGCCGACGGUGCAAGUACCUCAACCACAUCCCCAUGGCAGCCGACGUAGUCUUCAUCGAGGUGGACUGGGAGGACAUGAAUCUGAUCAGCAAGUCCACACUGCGACCGUACGAGCAGGCGCUACGACAACGUCGCAACCGCCGCCGCGACAAGGAACGACGGGAAGAUCGAGCCAAAACGCGGGCUGAGGAGGCGGAGCUCAUCUCGAAUCAAGGCGGUCCCGCGGCCGCAGCAGCGCAUCGUCGACAGCAAGAGCAGCUCGCUGCGUUCACCAGCGAAGCCAACUUUCCUUCGGAUGGGCUGUCACGGAGCUUCGAGCGUGGUGGCAGCGCUGGUGAAGGCGGGUUCGCAUCAGGUUCGAGUCCGAGCUUCCGCGAAUCGGCCAUGUUUGGCGCUGAACGCAGCUUUCCAGUCCACCCCGGGGCUGCCGAGACGGAGGACUUCCCGGACUCCCUCCAUGGCGCGCGCAGCGGAUUGGACCACGCUGCAGUUUCGUCAGACGACCAGGCGGAUCGUUCGGAACAGAACGGUGCGCGAAAGCCAGCCCAGGCAUCAGCGCCAAUGAAGAAGACGGUGUGGGGCACGCCCGCCUCCGCCUCAAGCUUCUCGAACGCCAUCCAAGGCCGCGCCACGGACGCGCACGGUAUCUGGGACGAUCACAUGGAGGAUGCGUGGCAUGAGCUGGAGGAGGACUACAUUCUCGGAUCAACUGGUUCGGGACGGAGGCCGACAGGGGCUGUGAGGGAGGGACGCGGGCUUAACAAGCAGAUUCGACCGAGUGGCGUCAAGCCACCAGCUAACGUGGGCGCAAAGGAGAGCCUUCCGGCUGCCAAGAGCGAGACGCAGGCGGAAGCAGGAACGGCGGCGGAAACACCGGCGGCGGACAAUGGGGGAGCCCGCUCGAAGCGCGUCAAGAAGAAGCUCAUUCUCACGGGUGGUGGUGGCGGUCGCGGAUCCCGCUAG